UGUUUCGAUUUCCGCAUUAUCCCAAAGAGCGACGACAUUACCGUUGUUGCAGGAACGCUCGAAUCGCCAGCGUUUCCGACACCAUAUCGAUCGGAUCUUUCAUGUCUCUAUAACAUAUCAACCGUGUCCUCCAAUGUUAUACACCUCACAUUUUUAUCAUUUGAUCUAGCCGAAAACAACAGAAACAGUGGACAGUGCCUCGAAGCCUAUGUGUUGGUGAUCGUCGUCGAUCGUCUAGGUAAAGAGCACAUCGGUAAUCGUCUAUGCGGAACCAGUUUGCCAUCAAAGAUCGAGACGAUGCAACCAACUGUCUAUGUGCAGUUUGUCACCACUGCACCAGGACGUCAUCAUCGUGGAUUUCGUCUGCGCUACGAUAUCAUCUAUGAAGGUCUCAUCAAGGAACCACCGUCGUAUCUCCCAGAUGAUGAAAGAGAGUUUUCUCGUGAGUGCGGUGGUGCAACGAAACCUGGGCAGUUAACUGGAGAGAUCGUCUCACCCGGUUAUCCAGUCACUUACCCGCGGAAUGCGACAUGUUACUGGUUGAUCCGAGUAGAGCCACGACAACGUGUCUACAUACGCCUAGCACACCUACAUUUGUCCGCAACGAUCGCUGAAUGCGAGCGUGCAUCACUUUCGAUCAUCGACGGGUUCAAGCACGACAGCAUCACUAUUAGGAAGGAUAUCUCGUCGGAUACGUCGGAAGCACGAUUUUGUGGAAGCCAAUUGUAUUACACCGAGGAAGGCAUGAAAAGCUAUCUAUCAUCAGGAAAUCGUCUUUUAGUGAGGCUCAACACCAAAGAUCGACCGUCGUCAUCGGUGACUGGCCAACGAGUUGGAUUCAAGCUAAUUUGGACGGCUGUCGAAGGCCUUUUCGACGAGCUCCAUCAACCUUCGUCUGGUUCUUCAUCAUCUGAUCAGCAUCGUCGAGCCAACCAAUACAACACAUGCACUCAGUUCACCUGCCAGGGGGGUCAGAUUUGCGUUGAGCAGGAUCAAGGUGUAUGCGCUAUGCGGCCACAACUGUGCAUUCAUUCGUCGCUUGUAUGUAAUGGUGUGCAAAAUUGCGUCGAAGGGGAUGACAGCGACGAACAACAUUGUUACUCACGAGAAAUCAUCGCUGGCUCAGUGGGUGGUUUCAUCGCUCUGAUGGCAAUCAUCUUCAUCUGUGUGUGCUGCGACCAAUGGCGUAAACGACGUCGUCUACGCAAAAUGCUACGUGAACGACGUGCCAUCGCCAAUGGGAAGACGCAGCGUGGAUACAGACACGACGUCCAUCUGAAUCACGACAUUAGCGGAUUCAACCGGGACGACAUCGCUGCUGCUGCCGCUGUGACACCGUCCCGAUUCCCGGUGCUUUGCAACGAGAACGACGUUGCUUUGCCACGAUAUAACCGAGGUCCACCGCCGCGACCGCCACCUCGGUGA